AUCCCGGUUUAGAGAAACCUCUUUCUCAUCUAGAGGGUUACUGUGAACUGUUGAGAGAUUUACAGUAGAAGCAAGGUGAGGACGAAACCUUAUCUUUGUGGUUGCAGACAUGGCGGGUACUUCUCUACCUUCGUGUCUCCUCAGUCAAGGACCUUCGUUACUCUUCUCUUCUUCGAAUCAGGACUCAGAAGCUAAUAAAUGUCGAAUUGGGAUAACAUCUGGAAAACGUUGUCUUGUUCGUUGUUUCGCUAAGAAGAAAAUCAGUUUUGUGGAUCAGAUUCUCGAUUAUAUCGAAGGCGGUCCCAAGCUUAGGAAAUGGUAUGGAGCUCCUGAACUUCGGCCAAAGGAUGGAUCUUUAAGUGGAGACGACGAUGAAUUUGAAGAGGAAAAAGAAGAUGAUCUUGAUGGAGAGAAAGACGUUGUUUUUGUAACUGAUGGAGACAGUGAUUUGGGUCAGAUGAUUAUACUGCAACUGAUUGUGAAAGGAACUCGGGUUAAAGCACUUGUGAAGGACAAAAGAAAGGCUUUGGAAGCUUUUGGAUCUUAUGUUGAGUUGACGACUGGAGAUGCAAGCGACGAGCGUUUCUUAAAGAAAGCUUUUAAGGGUGUUGGUGCGGUCAUAUCCCCGACAGAAGGUUUCUUAUCGAUUGUCAAGAGUUUUAGAGGUGUAAAACACGCAGUUCUCUUGUCUCAGUUGUCUGUUUAUGAAAGCAGCGGCGGAAUUCAAGCUAUGAUGAAUAGCAAAGCCAAAAAACUGGCCGAGCAAGAUGAAAACGCCGCUAUAUCUUCAAAUGUCCCUUAUACAAUCAUAAGAACAGGCAAGCUGGAGAACAGUCCUGGAGGGAGUCAAGGCUUCAACUUUAGCGCGGUAAAGUCAUCUUAUAAUAGAUAAGGAAAAACAUGUAUCUUGGCUUUAAACUUUAGACAAUAUUGUUAUGAAUGGAAACAGGGUGCUGCAGCCAAAGGAAGCAUAAGCAAGGAAGAUGCUGCUCGUAUAUGUGUUGAAGCACUAAGUGUGAUCCCACCAACAGGGUUGAUAUUUGAGGUUACGAAUGGAGAAGAGGUUGUAUCUGACUGGGAAGGACAAUUGAUGAAAGUGAUGCAGAGACAGAGUGACAAGAAGUAAGCUUCAAAGCUGAGAUGAACAGACAAUCACAUUAUACAUCAUCACUGCCUAUAUCUUUCUUUUAUUUUUGUAAUCAGACAUCAUCAUUGUCUAUAUUUAACAACAUGUUUCUGUUGAUGAAGAUAAGAAAUUCCUUCCUUUAUAUUUGAUAUGGGUCUCUAGAUGCUUUGAAAGCCUUAGAAUUGUUAAUUUUAACCAUGAGUAUCAUAGCAAGAAUGAAAUAAAGUAUGGGAGACCCUACCAUAUACAUUCU